AAUACCUCCUAAUUCAUGGUGGCCAAAAUUUCACCACGGACUUCCGAGACGUGGUCGUGUAGGCUUUUGAAUACUCUCGAAAUGUAGCUCCCCUCAGGAGCUUCCUUGGCAUAAAAGUUUCUUGAAUUAGCAGAAGGUAUUUUAUUCGGAACUCUGCGUGUCUGGUUGCAGGGUAAAAACAAAUUGGAGACGCUGCCCUUUUUCACUUAAACCCCGCCUAACACCAAAAAAAUAAAAUAAAAAAUCCUUGGUUAACGUAGGCUUGAAUUCUCAACAACAAUGUGGCAGCGGAGAUUAGUGCAUCUGUUACUUGACAGAACUAAAACCCAAAACCUCUGUAGUCACGGUACGAAUCGUAAUGUGUUGGAUCAAUACAGAUCACUCGUUAGACAGUAUGGCACCAAACGCAGCAAUGAAUCCGUUGCACACUACAGAAUUUCUCGUUCGAAGGGUACUUCUGAAAGGCUUCAAUCCACGUACUAUCGGUUCUGCCACAAUAUAUACAGGAAGUCCUAUAAUUGGUCAUCAUCACGACAUAUGUCAACCACCACAGCUUUGUCAUCAGCAAAGAAGUUUGAGGCUGCAAGAGUAGGGGCAUCCUAUCUGGUCACUGAUGGAGAUGGAGCCCCGUUGAAGGUAGCAGCAUGGCUGUUUGGUUGUGCUGCAUGGGUAUUCAGCAUGGUAAUACUUGGUGGGAUGACUCGCCUUACAAGGUCUGGUCUUUCAAUGACUGAGUGGAAAUUCACAGGUAGUCUACCCCCUAUGACAGAAGAUGAAUGGCAGCUUGAAUUUGAAAAAUACAAGCAGUCACCAGAAUACAAACGUGUAAACAAGGGAAUCGGCCUUGAAGAUUUCAAGUUUAUAUACUGGAUGGAAUAUGCACAUCGCAUGUGGGGAAGGGGGCUAGGCAUUGUCUUUGCUGGUCCAUUUUCAUACUUUGUUUGGAAAGGAUACAUAACUAGACAGCUUGGAUUGAGACUUUCAGCUAUUUUUGCUAUGGGUGCUGGUCAGGGAUUGAUAGGCUGGUGGAUGGUAAAGAGUGGCCUCCAGGAACCAGAAGCAGAGUAUGCAGAACCUAGAGUGAGUCCUUAUCGUUUGGCAACUCAUCUCACUUCUGCAUUUGUAAUUUACUGUGGUCUUCUUUGGAUGGCUCUUUCUGUUGCCAUGCCAGAACCCCCAACAUAUUCUGUAGCUUGGGUUAAAGGAGCAGCAAAGGUCAGGAGGCUAGCCCUCCCAGUGAGUGCUGUUGUUGCCAUAACAGCUAUUUCAGGGGCAUUUGUUGCAGGAAACGAUGCAGGACGCGCAUUCAACACAUUUCCCAAAAUGGGUGAUAAAUGGAUCCCAGAUGGCCUUUUUGAGUUGAAACCAUUUAUGCGAAAUUUCUUUGAGAACACAGCAACUGUGCAGCUUGAUCAUCGUCUUCUGGCUAUGACAACAUUUAUUGCUAUUGGCAGCAUGUGGUUUGCCACAAGACGUGUCCAGAUGCAUCCUGCAGUAAAGCAUUUGGUAAACUCUACUCUUGGAAUGGCAUUCUUACAGGUUACAUUAGGAAUAUCAACCCUGCUAUCUUAUGUCCCACCUUCCCUUGGCACUGCACAUCAAGCAGGGGCUCUAAUGCUGUUUACAAUGAUGAUACUAUUAGUACAUGCAACAAGGAAGCCGUCUCCAGAACUAUUGAAAUCUCUGCAACAUGUUUCAAAACGUGUUCGUUUUAUGACAAAUUUCAAAUAAUAUAUAGUGGUAGACUUCAUGUAGAACUUCCAGCCCACUACUGAAGACUCUGGAGAUGCCGAGAACAUCUGAAGCAGGCGUGGCUUAUGACUGAAAGAACUACAAUGUAAGGAAAACAAUUGGGAGAAAGUUUUUAGUUUGAUUAGGUGAAAAGCAAUGUAGAGUUACAUGUUAAGAGCCAUACAUCUGGGUGAUUUAUGGGUUUUACUUUUUGCUGACACGGAUAACCCAGAUUGGUGAGUAUGGGACUUAAUGCUGCUGAAGUCAACAUUGCAUGUAGUAACAACUGAGCUACAGCAAGGGAUCUGGCAUUGCAGUGUUCCCAUUUUGACCAAGUAAAUGCAUUGUCAAUGAAAGGGUGCAUAUUGAGUUUUUGCUUAAGACUAUCUAUUUGGAUUACACCGUUUUAAGGCAUAAAGGUUUUGAGAUAAUGGUGAUGCAGGGCGAUCAAACCAAAACAUUAAUAUCAAGAGAGUAAUAUCUUGAGAGUUGAAGUAAUAGAUUUACUUAAUAACUCGAGUUGCUGUAAAGAAUAUAUCCAGUCAAACAAUUUUACACUCUAGUGAAAAUUAAUAUUUUUGAUAGCCUGUCUGGAGAACAGGUUAGGCUUCAUUAUUGAUAUCUAUUAAACAUGUCAGACGGGUAAUAUAGAUCUUUAUAUGGUGAAUACUAGUUACAA